UUGAUGGCUAAAUCUUGCAAAGCAGCUUUGGUGUUAGCUGGCCAUGAGGAGGAAAAACAGCAUCAUGGAUUUGAGUUUGGGAAGCACAUAGCCCUAGCUUGGCAGUCUUACAGUGACCUACAGCCAUUUACUGAUUUGUAUCGACAUCCUCCUGGAACGUCGUUUGACCUAACUUCAGCUCCUGUGAUCUUGCAUCUUCAAAAAGACCUCUCACUCUUGGAAGUUGUAGAAGCAGCAGGAGACUGUAUGGAUAACUGUGAUUAUAAGAAAGUGAGUAUUGAUACACCAUAAUGUAUUUUGUGACUUUGUUAUGCUCAUAUUCUGACUUUGAUAUUUCAUUUCCAUUGCUUCAAUCUUCAUUGAUAUUAAUUAGUAUUGCAUUGAUAUAAAAAGUAAAUAGUAGUUGUACAUGCACUUUUAUCUUUCACUCCAGAUCCCAUCAAAAUGAUCAUGGCAGGGGACAGUGUGCAAGAAGCUAAAGAUUGUGUGUCAGUCACUAUGCUUUGUCUGCACUAAAGGCUCCUUCAGGAAUUUUGAGAGCUUCAGAUGCUCGUACAGCCCUAGAAAAUAUAGUUAAUGCAUUAAGAAUUUAUUAAAAGGGGUGAAUGCUCUUCCUAGUGAUGAAACUACAAAUUUUCUUAGA